ACAGUUAUUGGAUGCCCAAAGAUGUAACUUUUAUUUUGACACCUUGACUGUGUCGUAGAGAAACAUUUCCUGUAGUCAUUGGGGACGCGACGGAAAACCUUGAGCACAUUUGUUGUCACAGAGCAGCUGAAUAAUUUCCAGUUUAUUCAGCUUUAUUUAGCACUUAUACAGAGUGGAGACACAAACAUGGCGAGAAGAUUAAUCUACCCUAUUUACCAGUUGGGCAACCCUCAGCUGCGAAUAUUCAGGCCCACCUUCACCAUGACCCUCGUCCGACCGGGUAAACCCAUGCCUCCUGACACAGUGCAGUUCCGCGUAUCUAUGGAAAUGACCAAAUUUGAUGUGAGGAACUAUCUGGAGAAGAUUUACAAUGUCCCUGUUACUGCAGUGCGCACAAGGAUUCAGUAUUGUACGAACAAGAAAAGGAAUCACUUAAAUCAGCGCGUGAAGACGCCAGAUUACAAAGUGGCAUACGUUCAACUGGGUCAGCAGCAGACGUUCCAGUUUCCAGAUAUCUUUCCUGAGAAGGAAAAAGAGCACGAAGAGGGCUCGGUGGAGGCCAUGCAGGACAAAUUCAUGGAGGAUGAGCGACAGAGGCAGAAACCAGACCCCAGAAGAGGGGGAGUCACUGAAUGGUUUGGCCUUUAAAGACACAAGACAAAAGAAACAGACUGUUUUGUGAGGUGAUCCUGUUGUAUUGCCAGUUUCUUUCAGGAUAAAAACUUGAACCUGACCUUCCUUUUUUCUGGACACGGUACGUUCAGUCCUGCCUUACAGCACAGCCUGGAUACACUGUGUGUCCCAAAAGCCACACACGUUAUCCUGCACUGCUGUUAUCAUCUGUUCGAGGUGAAGUUAACAUCUUGCAGAACACAGGUUUCUCUGAAUGAACUGUUACACGUCAUGUGUGAUUAGCCCUGUUCUUUCUGAGAUGUUCAAGUAAGGACUAAUGCAACUACAGGAAAGCUGUUCAUUUUUAUCUGAGGGAUUUAGUCUAUUACUUACAAAUCUCUUUCAAAAAGUAUCAACUGUUCAUGUGUUGAAUCAUUUUCAUUAAAUUAUAUUCACAUUAA